AUGUUGAGCCCUAUAUUUGUUCCAUGGGAUGUUGGAUAUUUCUUAUGUACCUAUGCCUCCAUCUUCUUCAUCAUUAUCCUAAUGAUUUGGCAAAUGAAAACGAGUCAACAUGGAUUAAGAUUGGAACCUAACAAGAACAGAUGCCGGAAGCACCGAAGAGUCAGACAAAGGGCUAGAAAUGCAGCAUCGAGAGCUAGGAGAGCUUCCCGGAAAGAAGCGGAGAAGCCGUGGAAACUGCUCUCUGUCAUGAAAAGUCAGGGUUGGCUUCCUGAGGAGGGAAGUGUGCGGCAUCUCCUGUGUGCAGACCCCUGUUGCCACAUCUGCAACGAUGUGGAUCUGGAGAUUCAGCAACUGCUGACAAGUGAGAACACCCUGACUGCUCCCACUUCAGUGGGUGCAACACAGCGCUCCUCUUGCAUGGAGAUUUUGUCCUUGUCUAGUGUCUCUUUUGAGCAGACUCUAGAAUGGAACUCCCAGCAAUCCAGAGAGCUUUCAGUGGCAUGUGCAACCCCCACACUGUCACAAUUAACAGAUCCAAGUGGCUUAACCCAGAUGGCUGCUCCAUCAACUAGUAUAAUCAGUAUCCAAGAUUACCUGGCUGAACACCUAGAGCAGGAAUUUCAACUACCAGAUGUGCCCAGGAACAUGGGGACUGUGUCUUCUUCAAGGACUGAAGAGCUUAGGUGUCCUGUGAACCAGCAAGAGAUGAUGACUGGCUUCGAAUUUGUCCAUGGGAACCAAAGUCAGCAGUCCUUGGAGUUCCAUGUUCCUAUGCUAACCGUAAACACAGAGCUCAGUGAGCUAACACAGCCUAUGGCUUUACAUAUGGUCACCGUCCUCCCUGCCCACCUGCCAUUCAUCGAUCCUGAAGUCCUCAGACUUCUUGAAGUCCACGUAAAAAAAUGGAUGCAUUUUCAAAGAUGGGGACUCCCCAGACGUGUGGAAGAGUCCCUGAGGCAGCUUAUGCCAAACCCACCAUUAUUAUACCAGCCUGGAAAUAGCCAAACAGUCCCUUUCAUUAUAAAUGAUGUUUCUGAUGACUGUGUUGAAACAAAUAGGUCCAUUUCUCACAACACCUGGUGUUUACAUAUGGUUGGCCAGCCCACCCAGGCCUUCUGGGUUUCAGACUGGUCCAUAAUGGACUCAAAACAAAGCCGCCACUGUCAGAACAUCCCUAACCCUCUACCUCUGGCUUUGCCCUCUCCAGCCAGUAUAGUCUUAAAUAGCCUCCAUCCGCAAGGUGGGGAACAGGCUGAAGAGUCAGGGGAUCAUCUGAAGCAAAAGCAUAGUCAACUGUUCUGUGGCCUCCCUUAUUUGCACAGUGAGUCCCUAGUUGCCACCUUCAUGGACUCUCAAGGCCUCUCCAUGAACAAGAGCAUGUCCCAGCCCUCCUUGAAUCUGCCUAUUCUCUUCAAUGAGCCCUCCUUCCUCUCCCUGAUGCCUAAAAAUCCACCCCAGUCAGCAACUCCUCCUUCCCCACCUACCCCAAAUAGAGUCUCUCCACCUGACCAUCAACAAAUCCAAAUCAAUUUCCCAUUUCUGACUUUGGCCGAGUGUGAAACCUUGGAGUGGCACCUGCUGCAGAGGCAGCUCCAGCUUAGAUGGGACUUGCCAGAUGUGUUCCAGAGAUAUCAGCAUGCCCAGAGUCCCAUACAAUAUGAACCCUGUGGCACAACCAAAUCUUCUGAGAUCAUGCAAAAUUCCUGGUCAGGGAAGCCUGUCUCUGACCUCACCAGGGAGCUACUCUUCUUCCCGGACCAUGCCCGGAGGCUUCUAGAGUUCCACCUCCAGAAGAAAUUGAUUUACCAUCACUGGGGCCUGCCCCAGAAGAUCCAGCAGUCCAUUCAGUUGUUCCUGGCCCCUGCCAACCAGCAGACCCUGUCCUGGAACAGCACACCCUUGGACAAUGUGAGUGUCCCCGAGUCUCCAGCCCCAGAGGCCAAUGGGACUACUGACCUGUUCUCACCCAACUUAGCCUCCCCUGUGUCACUGCCCAUGCCAUACUUUCUUGCCCAGGCCCGAGCAAUACUGCAAAGCCACAUUAACUCCAAAUGCGGGCAGAUCCGCCAGGGCACUAUCCCUACGAGUGUAUGUAUCUCCCGGGACUGCAGAAUUCCUGAGAGCCUGGCAGUGCCUCCCUCCCCCUGCAUUCCAGAAAAUAAGUCCCUGGAACUUCAGGCAGUCAAGGCUCCUGACCUACAUGGGAAAGUUGUGGCAACAGUCACUGAUCAUCAUCAGCAGACCUCACCAGGUGCUGUCAUUAAACACACUAAGCUAUCCCGAUCCUUGUCUGAGGGAGCCAUUGAGAAACUGGAGACAACUUUACAGCACAAGUAUUUGGCCUUCCGAUCAGGGCUGCCUGCUCUCUAUCAUGAGGCGCUCUCUAAAGCCAUGACCCCAGCAAUUACUAAUCAAUCUGCAGAGAUAAUGCCUGAGUCUGGUGAAAUCACAGCAGACUCUCUGAUUGAGACAACCUCAUGUGAAGAGCAAUGCAUAAGUCCUGGGCCAAUUUUUCAAGAAGAAAAUGAGACUUGUACAGAAAAUGCACAAGAGUUCCUUAAUGAAGCUCGGGGAGAGGAAACGAUGGAGACAGCACCUCUAGGAAGUCAGACAGAUGCUGAUAUUCCACACUCAUUCAGAGCACCCAGCUUGACCAAACUAAAUUUCCAUCUUAGGAAAAAGGUCCUAGAGAUACAGAUGGGAAUUCCCAUAAAGGCAAGGGAGUCCAGGGACCUAAUUGCAACAGUAUCAAUGCAGGAUGCUCUAGGGAGUCUAACCAGUCAAGGAAAAGCAUCGCUCCAUGAACUCUCCAUCCCACCAGACAUUCCACAUAUCCCAGAUCCAAAAUGGGAUCACUUCAAGGAACAGCUGACCACUGAGCUAAAGACACUGCAGCAAAGCCAGAAACAAGCUAAUUCCAGAGCUUCCAGUUCCGUUCACUGGGUCUCCAAGAUCUCAGAGCCCAGUGGAAACAUGACAAAUGCCCAGGUGCUUUGUGUUCAGCUGGAAGCCAGAGUGGACAGCUCCAUCCUGGAAGAGGCUUGGUGCCCUGAGUUCCAAGGCCCUAGCAAGAGCAAGGUCUCAGCCCAAGUGCCCAUGCUGGCAGAGAAGAAAAAACACCCAGGGAAACCCAAACCAGCAGGGGACUAUGGGGAAGGAGAUGCAGGAUUUGGACUCCCCUCAACCAAAGAAAACAGACACCCUGCUGAAGAUCAGAAGCCAGCAGGGACACCACUGAAGGAGACACCCAGAGAUCCCUGGAGAAAUCAUAGCUUUGAUCUUGCUGCCUCCUGUCAACAGAGUCCUAAGCACUUUCAUAGGCUGAAGCUUCCAGAGCUUCCUUCAGGAGCACUCAGGGGAGAAGAAUCUACAAAGAAUGACCUGCAAGACUAUGAAACUAAGCUGAAUUUUAUUACAGAAGCAGCAAAGAUUCCUGGGACUGAGCAGCCUGUGGUGCUCCAUGCUUCUCAGCCAUUGUUGAGCCCAAUGAUUCAGGGCUCCUACCUGCCCUAG